GCAUUGAUAUUCUCUGCCCCAUCCGCAACAAUGCUCUACUCUUCCAUCUUCGUCGCCGCCUCGGCUCUCGCCGGCUUCGCCUCUGCGCAAAACGCCACGGGCACCUACGACACGCCCAUUCCAUGCUGCAGUGUCGCCGCCAGCUCUGUGCCCCAGGAUGACAAGCAGACAUGGUGCAACGCCAACCAGAACACCUGCGUUGAGCUCUGCGGUGGCCAGGGACAGCUUGCCAGCAACGGCAACCAGUGUGAUCCGCAAACACUUGACUUUUCUUGCGACUGCCGAAACGGUACCGAUGUGAGCGACCAGAUGGACGCCUACCAACAGACCGUUCCCGGUCUCAUGUGCCGCUACUGGUACGACCAGUGUAUUGCCGCCACCGGCUCCGAUGCUGCUGCUCAGUUCCAGUGCAACCAGGCCCGUGACAACGAGUGCGGUAACCUAACUACCCAGGACGCCACCGAUUCCGGUAACUCUGCCUCUGCUUCCGGUAGCGACAGCAGCCCAUCUGCUACCAGCAGCGGUUCCCCCGACAGUACCAGCGAGGCUUCCGCAAGCGCUGGCUCCUCUACCCCUACCGGUGCUGCCGGUCGCAUUGCUAUGUAUGGCACCCCCGCCCUCGCUGGUGGUCUUUUCGCGCUUUUCGGCUUCGCCUUUGCUGGACGCAAGCACAAGGUGACCAUAGUUGGCUCCGGCAACUGGGGCACCACAAUGGCCAAACUAGUCGCCGAGAACGUCAAGGAGAACCCAUCCCUGUUUGAGGAGACUGUGCAGAUGUGGGUGUUUGAGGAGGAGUACACCAUCCCGAAAGAUUCGCCUCACUACAGCGGCUCCGACAAGCCUGAGAAGCUGUCGCAACUCAUCAACAGGGUUCAUGAGAAUGUCAAAUACCUCCCGAACAUCACGCUUCCUUCGAACGUGGUCGCCAACCCCGACCUACCCGAUUCCUGCAAAGACUCUACGAUGCUCAUCUUCGUACUCCCGCAUCAAUUCAUUGCGCGGUCGAGCCAGCAGCUGGUCGGCAAGAUUCUCCCUUACGCACGAGCUAUCUGCUGCACAAAGGGUGUGGACGUCAGUGAGAAGGGCAUCAGGCUCAUGUCAGAGACAAUUGGCAUGACUCUCAACAUCUACUGUGGUGCUUUAUCAGGAGCGAACAUUGCUUCUGAGAUCGCUCAAGAGAAGUACUCGGAGACGACUGUAGCAUACGACCCGCCACCGAUGGACUCGCGCAAUCCUACCCCCAGCGGUUCGCCCAAUGCCUCACAGACUGAUCUUACUGCUCACGUGGACCUUAUCGAUCCGAGCAAAAAGAAACCCAGCAAGCGCUCAGCGCAUUUGACUGCUCUCCCCAACGAGUACCCACCUCUGUCGCACGAGAACGUCAGGAGGCUCUUCCACCGUCCCUACUUUCAUGUACAUAUCGUCAACGACGUCGCUGGUGUAUCACUGGGCGGAGCGCUGAAGAACAUCAUCGCGCUUGCAGCAGGCUUUGUGGAUGGUCUGGGCUGGGGAGACAACGCCAAGGCAGCUGUAAUGCGUGUUGGUAUCUUGGAGAUGGUCAAGUUCGGCAAGGCUUUCUUCGGGGACAGUGCUCGCACAAGCACCUUUACUGAAGAAAGCUGUGGUGUCGCCGAUGUCAUCACUUCGUGCUCGGGUGGUCGCAACUUCCGCUGUGCAAAGAUGUCUGUCGCCCGGGGCAAGACCAUCUAUGAGAUCGAGCAGUCUGAGCUCAAUGGCCAGAAGCUCCAGGGUACCAGCACUGCCUACGAGGUCAACGAGUUCUUGAAGGCAGAGGGAAUGGAGGCCGACUUCCCGCUCUUCACCGCUGUCUACAACAUUCUGGAAGGCAAGAACAAGCCCGAAGACAUUCCCCAGCUUAUUGAAAAGAAGCCAUGA